AUGUCAACGAUAUUAUGGACUAGAACGAAGGAAUUUCCUCCGCUAGUCCGUAUAGAUGGAAGUGAAGGCAUGGACCAAAAGACAGCAGAUCUCUUCUCAUAUGGGAUUGUGGAAGAAUCGAUCUGGACCGCUAUCAUCGAACCUAAGAACCGUUUCCGGCAACAUGUCCUGGGCUCGCAGAACAUCUCCUCAACUGUUGAAGACUUAUGA